GUGUGUUUCUCUCCAGCCUUUGCGGCGGCGGAGGCCUGGCGAUGCCCAAGAACGCAGUGGUCACCCUGCGCUAUGGGCCCUACAGCGCGGCAGGCCUACCGGUGGAGCAUCACACCUUCCGCCUGCAGGGCCUGCAAGCUGUGUUGGCCAGAGAUGGACACAAGGUCAUCCUAGAGAAGAUAGAAGACUGGAAUGUGGUGGAACUCAUGGUGAAUGAAGAAGUCAUCUUCCACUGCAACAUUAAGGACUUGGAGUUCGGAGGCGAUGGUAAACUAGACCCACUGUGUGAAAAGGCCAGGAUAGCCGUGCUGAACGCCUACUGAUCUCCUCAUGGAACAGGCAUCUCAAGUCGGCACAAUAGCAGCUGCCCCAGCCAUUCUAUGAUGCAGGCAGAAGUGGCUGUGCCGCAGUGUGGACACUGGGCUCUACUAGUCAGAACAGGGCAACUCGGGCCUGACCUCCAGCUUACACAGCCUCAGGAUUCUCACCUGGCUGCACAGGAGCCCACAGAAAUAAUAAAAACCACAUCAUUUGUAACAUCUUUCAAUCUCAACCCAUAGGGAGAGCCCUCCAAUAUCCUGUACAUAUUGAGCUGAAGGAAACAAUAAAAUGCAAUCAAAUAACAAGGUGCCAUUCCUGACUAAUAACACAUAGUUGCCAGAAGCAUCUGAGAUUCCAUUGUUUAGUACUCAAAGAGCUCAGAACAGGUAAAAUUAAAGAGAGGUUGAGGGAAGAGUGAGAAUAAAGGCUUUUGAAAAUCUGAACCAAAAGCAAAUGUUAAUAUUUGGAAACCUUGCUAUUCCUACAGAUUUAUUUCUGACUCCUGAGGGAAUAAAUAUUUUAAACUGCUAAUAUAAAAUUAGCUGAAAUCAAAUCUUCAGUUACUCUCAUCUAAAGCAAGAAAAUGACCUGCCUUCUUUUGCAUUAAGAUUGUCUGAGGAGGGCACGAAAGGGUCCUCAGCAGAAUGUGAGAUGGUUCCCUGGUCCCUCUGGAGUAGAACACAGCCCCAUAGAGUUAAAGAGGGUUUUCGCUAUGUUCAGUGUGAAAAUCAGUCAUGUCGAAAUGAUAUUUUUACUUUCCAGUCUUAUGCACCAAUGUGUAGUAUAUAUUCUUAACUAUAGAGUAACCGAGAGGGGGAAAUGCAGAUACUGAUCUAAUGACGUUAAAUGGGAGGUCAUGGUAAGAAGGCCUCACACCUAUGGGAGAAAACCAGAUUCCCUAAAAGAAGACUCUGGACCCGGGGCACCUGUGCUGAAGGAGCAGGGCCUUCAGGAUCGCUCAGAGAGCUGCGGCUUUGCCCCCUCUGAGAGCAGCCCUAACCAUCGCCCCAGGCAGCCUCAAACCCUCCUGCACCCCAGAACUUCAAAGACCACCGGGGACCAUGAAACUGCUUGCACAAGUUCUUUCUCACACAGGACAAAGUAGGGGAUAUAAUUUUUAAAACUCCAGCCCAAGCUUCACUUGUCAGAGUUGAUCCAGGGAUUGUGAAUCACUUAGAACUCUAUGGAACUAUUUAAGCAUCACCUUACUAAGAAACUGAGGCUCAAAAAAGAUUCUUCCUCCCAGUGUCUGGUGCCAGUUUUCACAUAUCUUUUGUAACCCUAGAUUUAGUCCCCUUUUGUCAAAAACCAGUGUAAGUUACUAUAGAUGUAGCAUUCAAUCUUUGUUUCAAUAUAACAUUUUACUACAAGAGAAAUUCAUUCUCAUUAAAGAAAAAUGGAAAAAUACACGUAAAAAUAAAGUACAACUUUAGUAACAUUUUUAUAUAUUUCAAUUUGGGUUUCUUCUAUUUAUGUCUGAAUAUUCAUAAAGAGAUAGACAUAUAGAAAUUGACUUCAUUUGAGAUUUAUGCGCAAUUUUGUAAGUUUUCAAAAAAGUUUUCAACUUUUAUUUUAGAUACAGGGGGUACAUGGGCAGGUAUGUUGAAUCUUUUUUUAAACGUAACAUUUUACAUAGAGCCUCUUCCCACAUAAUUUGUUGAUUGUCUGAGCAUUUUGUCUUUAAUCAGGAAAUCUCUCCCUUGAGCUGUGAUUUCUACUUUCAUGGCCAAAACUUUUUCAAUGCUGAGAACUGAAAUUGCUAGUUUCCCCUGUCUGCAUUUGGAGUGAGAACUUCAUCUCCAAAGACUGUGGAAUCCUGUCUCCUCUAGCCGUGCAUCCCUGGCGUUAAACUGGUACGGAGUGCUUCCCUCGGCAGCACCAUGCCCUCCUCCAGCAUCCCCCUCAACCCCACAGGUUGUAUUUGUGCCUUCAGCGUAGCACUACAAGCGAAGAAGACCUGCCCUCCUUGGCUUCAUGACCAGAGCUGAAGGGCAGGUAAGGCGAGAUAGUACACGGAUUCUAAGAAAUACCGGAGAAGCUUCUGGGAGAUGCCUGUUCCCAGAGCCCAGUGUUUCAGUUUGGAUCAGAGGCAAAUGAUGUCUGAAUCAGCAUUGUCGGGAAAAAUUACCAAGGUUUCCUCUGAGCAGUGGGAUUGGGGGGUGUGGGGGGCAGGUGAGGUAGAGGGAGGAGGUUUGCAGGGCUAUUCUGCCUUCCGUAUUGUAAAUGUUUUUAGUGGUGAAAUUGAUUUUUACUUUGUAUGUAAAUGUGUGUUAGGGGUACUUUUCAAAUAAAAACUUAAAAUCAAGGCCGGUCACGGUGGCUUUUGCCUGUAAUCCUAGCACUUUGGGAAUCCAAGCCGGGUGGAUUUGCUUGAACACAGGAGUUCGAGAACAGCCUGGCCAACAUGGUGAAGCCUCAUCUCUACAAAAAAUACAAAAAUUAGCCAGGCCUGGUGGCAUGCGCCUGUAGUCCCAGCUACUUGAGGGGCUGAGGCAGGAGAAUCACCUGAGCCCAGGAGCUAGAUGCUGCAGGGAGCCUAGAUCACGCCACUGCACUCCAGCCUGGGUGACAAAGUGAGACCCUGUCUCAGAAAAUAAAAUAAAGAUUUUGACAUAGAACCCACCUGUCUAUGUGGCCUUAUCCUCCUCUGUCACUAAGAAGAACUUUCUCUUUGGAAAUCUCUGAAGAAUGUGCUGUCAUCCUCCUCCUUCGCCUCCCUCUCUCGAGCACGCACCUCCCUGCCCAGAAGCAGGAGACACAGCUUGCUCCCCAUCAAAGGCAAAAGUGCCCUGUGCUUCAAUGUGCUAGACAUUCAGGCGCCUUCAUGCUUUUAAAAUGCCACUGAUUAAAUCACAUUUUAAGUUUUAUAAGAUGUCAAGUCGACGUCAUUAUUAUUAACAUGUAAAGAAAGUGUAUUUUAGAAUA